AUUCAAAGUUGUCUUAUAAACUAUGAUUAUAGAAAAAAAAUUUUCUGAUUACUUCUACUCAAUCCAUUAUUUCCACUCUAUUAAGCUGGAAUUCUAAGGUCUGGCAACCACCGCUCCUUCAACCAUAUGUUUUUAUUAUUUUAUAAAACUGAUAGCUUUUAAUUGUGACCUAAGUCAAAAUUUUAAGGAAAGGACGAUGCUCGGAGUCAAAGAGGCACUCCGGGCUAUCAGUGGACGGAUGGUUUCAGGACCUGUUCGUAUUUGCCGGCGCAGCAUUUCGGAUGAUUCAACCCAAAUAGAGCGGUCCUUUAAAUGGCGAAAACCAAUCGGGCAACACACAGGUAUCAACAUUUACAAUCACGGAAUGCGACAGAAGGUGCCCCUGAUCCUGCGAAAUCCACAAAUGGUCACCUGGUACACCUGUGGACCCACUGUCUACGACUCUGCACAUUUGGGUCACGCCAGCACCUACGUAAAGGUUGAUAUACUGCAGCGAAUACUCCGGGACUACUUCAAAAUCAACCUUGUCACCGCCAUGAACAUCACGGACGUUGACGACAAGAUUAUUAAGAGGGCUCAACUUGCCGGACUCGACUGGCAAAAAAUGGCUAGGGCGUACGAGGCGGAGUUCCGCCAGGAUAUGUUGCGCCUCAAUGUCCUACCACCGGAUGUGCGCAGCCAUGUGACUACCACGAUGCCUGUUAUUAUCCAGUUCAUCCAGGAGCUGAUCAGAGCAAAGCAGGCCUACGUUACGGAGGACAACUCUGUUUACUUCGAUGUUUCCAAAAGCGGAAAUUAUGGAAAGCUGCUAAAUUUUGUCCAGACGGAGGAGAAGUCAGAUCCGGUCAAACGGAAUAGCGCAGACUUUGCGUUGUGGAAGGGGCGCGAUAGUGGAAGCGAGCCGACAUGGGAGGCUCCUUGGGGCGGCGAAGGACGUCCCGGUUGGCACAUUGAAUGCAGCGCCAUCGCUGGUCUGUUCUUUGGCCGCCAGUUGGACUUCCAUGCCGGUGGUUUGGACUUGCGCUUCCCGCACCACGAAAAUGAGGAGGCCCAGUGCUGUGCCCGCUACAAAACCGAUCAGUGGGUGAACUAUUGGCUCCAUACAGGUCAGCUGCAUAUGGUGGGGGACGAGCAGAAAAUGUCCAAAUCCCUAGGUAAUACCAUCUCCGUUUCGGAGCUGCUUAAGAAGUACACUGCUGACGAGUUUCGGAUGGCCUGUUUGUUGUCAAACUACCGCAACGCCAUGCCAUAUAGCGAUCAGCUAAUGGUCACUGCUCAGCAGACAUUGCAGCGCUUCAAGAACUUCCAUGCGGAUCUGAGGGCCUAUACACAGUUCCUAAAGCCUGUCCACCUAUUGGAUGAGGGUGCGCUAAAGGCUCAAUUGACUCACACGGUCACUGAGUUCGAUAGAUGCCUGCGCGAUGACUUUGAUACCGCACGAGCCAUCAGCGUGUUGAUAGAUCAGAUGAGCAGCAUCAGUCGCUGCAUUAAUGAGCAGCAAGUAGAUGCCGAGGAGGAGCCGGCGUACUGCAUGGAUCUUCUGCUAGCGGCAGGAAACUUCAUUAGCCGAGCGAUAACCACCUUCGGUGUGUCCGAAUUACAGGAAAGAGAGUCGUUGCAGGAGAAGGUGUCAUCCGCUGAACAUAGUAUAGAUCCCUCUCUCUUAGUAGACGAUGUGAUAAGCGUUCGAGGGAGGAUGCGGGAAAAAGCCACAGCUGGAAAUGUAAAGAACCCCCAGCUUCUGGCCGCAUGUGAUGAGUUGAGAAGUCUGCUGCAACAGCACGGCAUACAGGUGCGCGACCACAAGCAAGGGAGCUCCUGGGUUUUCGCCGUCUCUUGUGAAAAGCCCGAUGACAAGAGCAAGAGCUCUGCCGAAUAAAAUUUAAUAUGUUA